UCUUUGUAAGUGCAGCUAUAUAAACGGUUGCAAUGCAACGUAGAAAAUAGUUCAAGAGAAAAUGAUUUUCGCAACAGUUGUACUUGUCAUUCUGAGCGUCCUUAGUAGGACGGAUGCAGCUUAUGAAAAUAAGUUUGAAGUUACUGAAGGAUGUCAACAGUACAACAGCGUUCGAGGCUAUAACUUUGACCAUGCUUAUUUUUCGACUGGUGCAUUCACCAAUGUGCGUAAAAAUGCUGACAACAGUACAGAGCUAAGAAUUGGAGUUCUUGGAAAGAACGAUGGGUUUAUACGACUAGCUCCAGUUCAGUACCCAUACGAUGGAAAUUAUAUGAACGAAAUUGUUAUUUCCGGCUGGGAAAACACUCGAACCCAAGUAAGAAGUUACACCCGAACGGAUCCAGCAAAGACAGCCGGACAACAAGUGCUCCUAGAAGUGUCUAGUCUCGGGCUUCUGUCCGAGUACGAACCGUUGAUGUUCAUCCUGUCAAUCAAUCCGAACGGAGCGGUUAAGCUUACGAAGGACGGCGAUACAUAUCCGUUUUUAGAGUUUCAAGACACCAAGGUUUCGUCCAUGUUCAUAAGUUUCUGCAACUGGAAUGUUCCGGUAAUUUACUUUUUUGAUUGUCCUCACAUUCAGUAGAAGAUGAGCAAUUUAAAACAGAAAAAAAUAUACUUGAAUAAAAUUAUCAAAUAAUUUAAAA